AUGGAGGACCUGAGUAUAAGGCCAGGAUUUAACCUUCAUGCAGCAUUUCGUGGACACCUCUCGCCUGUUCGGCGAAUUACAUAUAAUGCUCACACGAAGCAGUUCCUGUCCAUGGACGAGCACACGCUCAAGGCAUGGAGCGUCAACCGCGAUGGAACCACGCGAGUUCAGUACGACGUUCAAUUCCCUAGCUAUCAGCAGAACUUCAUCACCUCGAUGGUGCUCAGCCGGGAGCUUAACCUGCUGUUCACCGCAUGCCUGGAUGACAACCUGCGCCUGUACAACGAGCGGCUGCGACUCAAGAGCUGCAUGCCCUGGUCAAAUGGAGUUGUGCGGGAGAUGGCGUUCUACGAGCCGCGUAGCCUGCUGGUCACAGCAGGGUCGUACGGCGUCAAGGUGUGGGAGUGCUUGUUGGAUUACGAGGCCUUCCGUACGGACAAAACGUGCGAUCUGUACGACGUACCUAAAAUCAAAGACGGGUCCGUGCUGCCUUGGUGUUUCGGCAAGUACCAGCAUGUACGACUGAGGUGCACCUUGCAGUAA